AUGCGUCUCGCAGCGACGAAGCCGUUAUGGCUCCUCUCCUCCCUCGCGGCGGUUGUCCUCCCGACCAACGCCGAACCGGUGCUUCGGUCGAGCUCGCUGGCCUCGUGUCAGGAAAACUCCGGGUUCACAGCGAGUCUGUUCGACGUCGUUUUCACCCCGAAUAACCUCACCGCCUCCAUCAACAUGAUUGCAACCUCAUCAAUCGAGGGCUAUGUGAUUUUUGACAUCUCCAUCCUGGCAUACGGGUACCAGGUCAUCCGAACGACGGUCGACCCUUGCAACUCCAAUCUACCAGGCUUGUGCCCCAUGACAUCCGGCAAGCUGAACAACCCGUUCAACCUUCCGGUCACCAAGGAUGCGAUUGGUCAGAUUCCAGGGAUUGCAUACACAUUUCCGGACCUCGAUGCCACGGUGAGGGUGCUUAUCAACAAGACCAGCGGGGACGACGCUGGGACAAGCAUCGCCUGCGUCGAGGCAGAUAUCUCGAACGGAAUGACCGUUGACCUUGUGGGCGUCAAAUGGGCCUCCGCAGCCGUCGCCAUCCUCGCCCUCUUCUCCUCCGCCGUGGUCUCUGGACUUGGGUUCACGAAUGCGGCAUCCCAUGUCGCGUCCACCUCGUUAUCCCUGCUCGGUUACUUCCAGGCGCUCGCUAUGCUGGGUAUGUGCGCCGUACCGCUUCCGCCAGUCGUGAAGUCUUGGACUCAGGACUUCCAGUGGAGCAUGGGCGUCAUCAAAGUCGACUUCAUCCAGACCAUCAUGACGUGGUACCAGCGUUCCACUGGCGGAGAGGCUUCAAUCUUACUCGACACGCUCCACACCGUGUCUGUGCAGGUUGAGAAGGUCAAGCGUUCUUUGCCGAUGGCCCACUCCGCUGCCGGCCUUGUUCAGCGAUCAGUGGGUCGGCAUUCGAGCGGCCUUGCGAAGCGGGCCAUUGAGCAGACCGAGUACGGCAGCUACGUCGUCUACGGUAUCCAGAGAGUGGCCUUCCGGGCCGGCAUCGAGUCGACCAACUUGUUUUUGACGUGCAUAACGUUCUUUUAUAUCUUUGCACUGUUCGCAGCCAUCGCCGUUGCGCUUUUCAAGGGUUUCUGCGAGUUCGCCGUCAAGAUGAAGUUUAUGAAGAACGAUACCUUUGGCGAGUUCCGUGCCGGAUGGCUGACGGUUCUGAAGGGCGUCCUGUACAGAAUGCUGCUCAUUGGCUUUCCGCUGGUCUCAGUACUCUGCCUGUGGGAGUUCACGCAGAACGACUCCCCGGCGGCUAUUGUGUUGGCCGUGUUCUUCUUCUUCGGCAUAGUCGCUACGCUCGGCUAUGCUGCGUACAGGGUUAUUCGCAUAGCUCGCCGCUCCGUCGCUCUCCACCGGAAUCCGGCCUAUAUCCUCUUCUCGGACGCGCAUGCCCUCAACAAAUGGGGCUUCUUAUACGUCCAAUUCCGCGCGUCGGCGUAUUACUUUAUCGUCCCUGUCCUCCUCUACACCCUGGUCAAGGCAAUGUUCAUCGCCUUCGCCCAAAAGGCCGGAACCGUCCAGGCGGUGGCUCUUAUCAUCAUCGAGGCGGCGGCGCUUAUUGCAUCGUCGGUGUUGCGGCCGUGGAUGGAUAAGAGCACAAACUCAUUCAACAUCGCCAUCUGCGCGAUGAACUUCAUCAACGCGAUCUUCCUUUUCAUCUUCACGGAUGUGUUUGGGUUCCCCAAACUGGUUGUCGGUGUGGUGGGCGUUGUACUCUGGAUCGCCAACGCCGCUUUUGCGCUCAUCCUUCUUCUCAUGCUCAUCGUCACGACCGGCAUCGUGCUGUUCCAUAACAACCCGGACACGCGGUACCAGUUCAUGAACGACGACCGCACGUCGUUUAUGAAGUCACAAUCGCAGAUCGGCACCACGACCGAACUCGAUGCGCUGGGCGCCACCGCCCGCGGCGACGGCACGCUGUUCAAGCGGAGCACCGAUCUCGAGGACGACGAAUCAGGCAUGUCCAACGAGAAGGCCAUGGCGGCGCGCCCGGGUACUGCCAACUCUGGCCCUUACUCGGCCGGGGAAUCGGCACGUAACUCGUUCAGGAACUCGGCGCGGAAUUCCGUGCGAAGCUCGUUCCGUGCGCCUGUGGACCCCGUGCAUGGCACGUAUCCUCCUGAGCCGCAACACAUGAGAAGUGGGAGUUUGAGGGCUGGGAGCAUAAGGACGCCGAGCCCGUUCGCGCCUUCACAAUCGUCGUCUUCCAACUUGUCGGGCAACCAGAGCCAACAGAGCGGAGGGAGUCAUGCGGCGCCCAAACCACCGGCUGUGAAGUGA